AUGAAAACACUUCUUAUUGUAUUACUUACACUUUUUGUUACUAUUUCAUUAGCAGAUGAUGAAGUUACAUUAGAAAGUACAUAUGAAAUUGAAAAUGAGAAUGAAAUAAAUGAAGAAGAAAAUGAAUUAAAAGAAGACGAUGAAGAUGAUGGAGAAUAUGAAUUAGAGGAUGAUGAAGAUGAUGAAGAACGACGUAGAAGAAGAAGACAUAGA